UGACAAUUAGAGCAUGCAUGUUACUGCAUUUCCGGACUGCGAUUACACUUGGUCACAGUUUGGUGUUGUAUUUUAGCGUGUCAAUUAGUCCACGACCUGGAGACUAAGAGGGUAGCUUUGGCUACUUGUUUGACAACCAUUCCGUAGUCAAUAGUUUGAGAGGGUCGCAUUAGUGGCUUAGAUCGUAUCCCAUUUCUUCGACCUAUAGACUAAGAAGGUAUCUUUGGCUACUUCUUAGACUUCCAUGUGGUUUGUAACCCCCUAACCACACACGGUCAUUCGAUCCUUCAAGUUGUAAUUGUUAGCUAGGGGGAGAAACACCUGAGUGCAGCAUUCUCAAUUAGUGUCAACUCCAUUUCAUCUUUGCAGCGUAAUUUAGUUUUAGACCUUUGUUUUCACCAAAACUAAUUUGCUAGAUAAUGUUUCAAACAGUCGAAGUAGCGGUACAUGGGACGGCCUAGGUCGAUAUUUAAACAUACUUGCCCUAUAUUGCACCCAUCUAAGAGUGAGUCAGGUCCUAUCGGCACUAGCCCUUGGGCACAAAUUAGUAAGACAAAGAAUAUGUUAUGGAGAUUUGUGUAUGUUGAAUCAGUGGCUAGAUCUAGCGCCUCUCUCUUGCAGGAUGUGUGGAUCAAGGGAAGGCUUCUUGUUAAUGAUUUUUCGAGGGUCGCUGCUUCAGUUGAUACGGCUAAUUGCUGGGUUUCUGAUGUUAUAUAUUUCUCUGAGAGCAGAUUUUCAUGGGAUAUUCCUCUUAGAUUUACCUUGAGGGGGGAGCAGAGAGGGUUCCGCUUUUGCACCUGCUUAAUGGAUUACUAGCUGACUAUUUAUUUCUUGUUCCUUCUAAACUUGUUUGGACUCCUUCUCUAAUCACAAGAUUCGCCGCUUACUCCUUCUAUGGAGAUUUCAUCAAGGAAUAGUUUCACGGCUCAACCUCAUUUUGUUAUAGAGUCGUGUAGCAGCCUGCAGUUCCUCUUAAAGUUUGUGUGUUUUUUUGGAUCGUGUUUCAAAAGUUGAUCCUUACUGAGGAUGCCCUGAAGCGGAGGGGUUGGGCUCUCCCGAGCCGAUGCACGCUGUGUGGUGAUCAAGAGGAAACAAUCGAUCACCUCUUCUUUCUUUGCAUGUUCUCCAAGGAGGUUUGGCGGAUUAUAUCGGCCUUCGUCGAUCUCAAGCGCACUGGUACAGAUAUCACAAAGAUGAUAAGGAGACGGCCUAGUAGACUAUUGUCCAAUCCCAAGAAGUGGUGCACUAUGGUUUUCCUUCCUGCUUUCUGUUGGUGCAUCUGGUUAGAAACAAAUUCCAGGAUUUGCAAGGAAGAGUUCGGUUCUGUUCAAGUUGUCGGAUUCCGGAUUGCCUACAGUAUUGCCGAUUGGUUGGGUGCUUCUCAAAAGGUUGAUAGGGAUCAAGCAAACUGCUAGUCGCAAAAUACUAAGCUUUGCCUAUUUCCCAUAAGUGUUGAACCACUUGCUCUACCUCCUAAUGAGGUUGAGAUAAGAGUUUGUGAAGACGCUGAUGUGCCUUGCUAAGUUUGUACUCUUGCUUUGCCAUGUUGGUUUCGCACCUGGCGGAUUUAUCCUUCGCGUGCCUCUUUUGUUUUGGCUUUUGGGCAAGUUUUGAUUUCUAUCUGUGGCUUAUGGUUUGGCUUUGGGAAGAGGAUGGUUGUUGUGUGGCUUGUGGUUUGGCUUUGGAGGGGCUUGAGGGUUUGGCUAUUCGGGGAUGGAUGGCUUGCUUGCGUUAUUUAGUUCAAUCUUUUUGUUUAUUUGCAAGGAUUUGGGUUGCUAAGUCUUGGCUGCUAGUCUUUGGGUUCUUGGUUUAAGGUUUGAUUUACAAGAAAAAUACUUGGAGUCAGAAUUGGUCGUCAGCGACUAUUUUUUUCGUUGCUUUCUUGUGAGCUUCGUGUUACAGGUUUUUUGUGAGCACCUUCAUGCUUUCAACUGCUUUAGGUUUCCUGCAUGUUGUUGGUGCAUUUUUUGCUGGUUAUAGGUUAUGUUGGUUGUGUAUUCAUACUUUUUUCCAGUUAUCAAUAUUAUUUCACCCUUAUAAAAAACAGCAAAUUCGACAACUAUGCCACAGAUGACAUUCAAGUGCAGCAAAAUCGGGUAGAGUAAGAGUCACCCCUCAGUUCACUGACCAAGAUAGACUCGACUCAACCACUCAUUCAAAACUAUUACCCAUGCAUAGAAAUCAAGACAUCAAAACAAAGACCAAACCAUCUAGGUCCUCACCGGGUGAUGACUCGAUAUUUGCACAUGUUUUCCCCUUUGUUUCUUGAUCGUUUAAGCUUGCAUUAUCGCUUCUUUGGCCUAUUUUACGCUAGGUUGUUUUCCUUUGUCACAUUUCAGGCCCUAGCACAUAAAGUGAAGCGUAGGCGCAAGUUUCAAGUCAACCAGAGAUCAUUUGUCAAUUCGGGAGAAGAAACACGAGCAUGACCUGAGGAAUAAUGGACUUCUACCUCAUAUAAUGGAAAAAUUAUCAUGAAAGUUUAUUAUGAAAAGAAAGAGGACGAGACUACGAGCGUCUGGGUUCAAACGGCGACUGAUUUGGAGUCCGGACGAGGGAGAAACGAAGCUUUGAACAGGAGCGGAGGAAGAAUUACGGGCAGGAGAAUUACGACCGUAAUUUCCCCUCCCAUGCCCGUAUUUUCACUGCCGAGAGGAGCUUUGGGUGCGCUGAAACUUAACCAAAACGCGUGUUUUGGGCAAAAUACGGGCAUGGAAGAAUUACGAUCGUAAUUCAGCCCGUAAUUCGCCCAGAAUCGGGUUUUUUAGGCCAAUUUCGAGCCAAGGGAGAGAGAGAGCUGGGUUUUGGAUCCCAAACACCCAAGGGACGAACCCUAGAGAGAGAGAGAGCGACUUGGGAACAUUCUUGGAGCUAUUUUGGAGGAUUUCUUCGCCAUUGGAGCUCAGGAAUCAAGCUUGGAGAUGGAGAUUGAAGAUCUAGAUCAGAUUUCUGCAGUCUCUCUCUUCUCUAUGGAGUAACUUCCCUUCACUUAGGUUUUGAGGAACCCUAGUUCCAUGAGUUAGGAUCUUUCUUGUAUGAAGUUUUGGAUGCUAUAUUGUUUGAUUAUAAUCGAAUGAUGCAUGUUUAUUGAGUCCAUUGAAGUCUGAUCAACUUUUCCUGAUUCCUGCUGCAACCUGAGAUAGAUAGAAUCUGAUUAGGUUGUUAGAGCCUCAUCAUUCGGUAGUAGGAGAUUGGCUAUACGAGAGUUAGCCAGUUUACUGCUUUGUACUGGAAUCCGAUUCCAGUAGUGGAGUUCUGUGCUUAUUGAUUCAGCUUUCUAUCCCGGUGAAGACUAGUCGUCUGCCGGGUAGUUAGACUGAGAGGGCUUGGUCAGCUUAAGAGAUUCCAAGCUACUGUCGGAUCUUCCGCAGUUUAAUCAACAGUAAAACAACCA